AUGCCUCCCAACAAGAGAAAAAAGAAACCAGCAUCGAACCCAGCUAGAGGUUUCGCUACUGUCUCGGUGCCUUCAAAGCCGAAAGCAGUCGAAUCAACUACGGUCUCUUCAACGGUAGAUUCUUCAGUAGUUGCAUCGGAAGACGAAAAGACAUCGAAACCAGCAGAGACUCAUCAAUCUCAAUCUGGCAGUGCUAAGGAGCAGAGUCUGCAGAAUCUUUCUCCAGAGGAACUUGAAAAGCACUUUGAGGAAGCAGAACUCCAAAUUUUAGUCGACAAAUAUGCAUCGAAGUCUAAGAACGAAGCUAUUCGCCAAGUAUCCAGAUUUGAGACUGAGCGUCGGGUGCUAAGGUCUCAGGCGAGUGUUUUGAGUUUGAACGAAUGGAUACCGCAGGAGAUCCAAGACCAGGUCCUGGCUCUUAUUCAAGUUGAGCAAGACCACCUUGAAAUCCCCCCUGAAAGGGACUUGGAUGCUGGGAAAGAGGAAGAACUGAUUGCCAGGCUCUGGACAUUGAAAGAGGCUAUCCAGGGACUUGGGUUUUCAGACGAUCGAAUAGACUCAUUGCUGAAAUAUAUCAUAACUUACUACUCUGGUCUCUCAAACAGCUCCAAAAGUGUAAAUUGGAAUCUUGAGGAGUCCUUAGAUUGGUUGGCGUUGCAAUGUGCACCUUCUGAGCUGGACCCAUAUGACAAGAAGAAGGAUCAGUCGUGGACACCGGAAGAAGCUGCCUUUUCAUUCUUCAACAGUACAAAGGUGAAGUCACCUACGAAAGCAUUACCCAUAGCCCAAGGCCGAAAUCCUCUGAUCAAGCCUGCCCCCAACCAUCCAAUAAUUGAUGUAAUCGAACCGGACUUCAACGAUGAUUCCGAUAGCUCUCUCGAUCCGGAAGACUUUGCUGAUGAAUAUGUCUCCUUAAAAACUCGAAUGUAUCAACUAGACUCUCAACUGUUUGACCAAAAUUCGGGGAGUGGAAGAAAAGCGCGACAAAAGGCCACUAAAGAUGUUUCUGACCCGAGGGUCAGGAAACUCCAGCUGAAAAUUGCUAAAAUUGAGAGCGACAUUCUCUUUGAUCAUGACGUGGCAGAAAUGAGGUGGAGAGAGAAAUUAAGCGAUUUGUGGAGAGAGUCAGCAUUCUCUCGGGAGAAGGAACGAGCAGUUUCUGGGGCAAAGGCUAUAUCUCAGAAGGAAACACAACCCACUGUAUCUGAAGCUACGGGUGACUUUGUUAUGGUAGAAGCUGCUGAAUCCGGUGAUGAAGGUCUUCUAGGUGGCAUCUUCACAGAAGAUGUGAACGACGACCUUUCUCCAUUCCAGGAAACGACCAACAGUGCCAUAAGCAUACGCGACUUUGGAGUAUCGGUUGGCGGCGUCGAGCCUGACAAGCUUCUUCAAGAAGUAUGCAAGGCCAGAGACCCGGGCUCGAAAAUUGUCUGGAAAGAUUUGACAGUCACUUCCUUCUCGAAUCGGAAUGCCGUCGAAAUAAAGUGGUCCAAACCACAGGAAGAACCGUUCUUAGUAUCAAUCGAGGGAACCACUAUCAAAUCCAAUGCAUUCACCGUGUUUGUAUCAAUGGACACCAUUGCCGCGGCUAAAAAAGAGCAAGCAAAAGGGUAUAUCUCUACCCUUGCGCUCUUGCUCGUUUCUGGGUCAGGUUCGAGUACGAAGGAGAACAAAGCUUAUAUGAGGCUCCCGAAUGUAUGGAGAGACCUCUACAAAGAAUUUUCCGAGCUGAAAAAGCAACAAGAGGAUGAAUCUGACAAGCAAACGAUACGACACUUGAAAAAACUGAUUGAGGAGAAUCACGGCAAAUUUGAGCAGGAUGUAGUUCUGUCUGACAAUUUCAGAAGAAGAAACGGAAAUAAUAAACAGCAGCCCUUAGGAAAAGCCGAAUCGACAACUCCCAAGAUCAAUGCUGGUGGUCUGAAAAAUUUGUGGCAAGAAAAAUCAAACAACCCCUCAUUUCAGCACAUGGCGGAAUCUCGCAAGAACUUACCAGUGUGGGCUUAUAAGCAGGAGAUCUUGGAUACUUUGGCAGAUCAUCAAGCUGUCAUCAUUUGCAGUGAAACUGGAAGUGGUAAAAGUACCCAGAUUCCAUCAUUCAUUAUGGAAAAUGAGCUUGCAAACGGCCGUGAGUGCAAAGUAUUUGUUACCGAGCCCCGUCGAAUUUCCGCUAUUUCUCUAGCACGGCGUGUGAGCGAAGAGCUCGGUGAAAGACAUCAAGAUCUAGGAACGAAUAGGUCCUUGGUAGGGUUCGCCAUUAGAUUGGAAAGUAAGAUUAGCCAAAGUACAAGACUUAUAUUCGCAACCACUGGAGUUGUUGUUCGCAUGUUGGAACGGCCAAAUGAAUUGCAAGAUGUCACGCAUAUCGUACUUGACGAGGUACACGAAAGGAGUAUUGACAGUGACUUCCUACUGAUUGUUCUUCGACGAUUAUUAGCUCAGAGACCGGAGCUCAAAGUGGUCCUCAUGUCUGCCACUGUGGAUGCUAAAAAAUUUUCAGACUACCUGGGUGGUGCGCCAGUACUCAACAUUCCUGGAAGGACAUUUCCCGUGCAAGUCAGAUAUCUUGAGGACGCUAUCAAUAUGACAAAGUAUCGUUUGGAUGAUUCGUAUCCGGCCUCUACUAUUAUUGACGACGAUGAGGAGGAAAAUCUAUCCGAUGAAGGACUGUCUGAUGAGAUGAGCCGAGGUUUGAGGGAAACAUUGGAAGAUUAUCCGGCCCAGGCGAGGGAUACAGUGCUGAAGUUUGACGAGUAUCGGCUCAACUACCGCUUAAUUACCAAACUUUUGACGACUAUUGCAACGAGACAAGACUUAACUCAGUACAGCAAAGCAAUUCUGGUCUUCUUGCCAGGUUUAGCAGAGAUCCGUAGGCUCCAUGAUGAGAUUGGCUCUGAUCCAACCUUCAAUCAAGGAUGGAUCAUCCACACGCUCCACUCGUCUAUUGCUAGCGAAGACCAGGAGAAAGCUUUCCUCGUACCGCCUGAGGGAAUUAGGAAGAUUGUGAUUGCCACCAACAUUGCUGAAACCGGUAUCACAAUUCCAGACAUCACGGCGGUGAUUGACGCUGGUAAAGAGAAGGUCAUGAGAUUUGACGAGAAACGCCAACUAUCACGAUUAGUGGAGUCUUUCAUAUCUCGUGCCAAUGCAAAACAACGUCGUGGACGAGCUGGACGUGUUCAGAAAGGAAUAUGCUUCCACCUCUUCACCAAAUACCGUCAUGACAACAAGUUAUCGGAGCAACAAACUCCCGAAAUGCUCAGGCUUUCGCUUCAGGACCUGGUGCUUCGUGUCAAGAUAUGUAAUAUGGGAGAGGUUGAAGCCACUCUUCUUGAAGCUCUGGACCCACCAUCUUCGAAGAAUAUACGCAGGGCUAUUGAAUCUUUGAAGGAGGUCAAGGCGCUCACAGGCGCUGAGGGUUUGACUUCCUUGGGAAAGCAACUUGCAAAGCUUCCAUUAGACGUAUGGCUCGGCAAACUUAUAAUAUAUGGUGCUAUUUUCAAGUGUCUGGAUGCUUGUGUUAGUAUUGCGGCAAUUCUAUCAUCGAAGUCACCGUUUGUGAACACACUCGGUUCGAAUUCACAGCGAGACGCGGCUCGACUGUCAUUCAAAAGAGGUGACUCGGACCUAUUGACAAUUUACAAUGCUUAUCUCGCCUGGAAACGGAUUCGGGAAACUCCCGGGGUGAAUGAGUAUUCGUUCUGCCGGAAGAACUUUCUUAGUCCCCAGACUUUGCUGAAUAUAGAAGACGUCAAGACCCAAUUGCUCGUUAGUAUUGUCGAUGCGGGACUGCUAAAGCUAGAAAUGGAGGAGCAGACUGCUCUUCGAAGAGCCCGAGUAACCGGCCGCAACCGACAAUUUUUCGUUGUUCCGGAACGAGUAAAUGUCAACAGCGCAAAUGAUAUUAUAGUCAACUCGGUCAUAGCAUGGAGCUUCUAUCCUAAGCUCGUGACACGCGAAGGAAAAGGAUGGCGUAACGUGGCCAAUAAUCAGAACAUAUCGCUUCAUCCUACAUCCGUCAACAAACGGGUUGAUUCAUCUGUGCAAUGGCUGUCGUAUUAUCAUAUAAUGCAGACUCGUAAUCGAUUUUACAACGCGCACGAGACUAGCGCAGUGGAAAGCUUUGCUGUUGCCCUGUUAUGUGGUGAUCUAGAGUUCAAGAUGUAUUCUGGUGUUAUCUCGAUUGACAAUAAUCGCUUGCGGUUCUCUGUCCGAGACUGGAAACAGAUGCUCGCAUUCAAGAGAUUCAGCAUUCGAGUUCGCGAGAUUAUGACAGAGAUAGUGCGCAAUCCGCAAAAGAUGCUCUCACAUAAACAACGAGAAUGGAUGGAGGUAUGGCAGCAGAUAUUCUCUGCCAAGGCUGAAAAGGCACUUGAAAAGAACUAG